UCACAGUCAAAAGGAAAAACAAGGGGCGGCACUCCAAUAUAUCAGAAAAGCUCAUCCCCAAACCCUAACUAUAUAAACAGAGGACAGCCAUUUCAUCAGCUUCCACCUCAAAGUAAGGUUAUUCGCUAGCUAUUCAGUAUCUCUUGAGCUUCUCACUACCAAUCCCAGCCGAAGCCAUGUCGAGGAGAAAGACUAGGGAGCCAAAGGAAGAGACCGUAACACUUGGACCAGCAACGAGGGAGGGUGAAUUGGUGUUCGGUGUUGCUCACAUUUUUGCCUCUUUCAACGAUACUUUUAUUCACGUGACUGAUUUGUCUGGAAGAGAAACUAUGGUUCGCAUUACUG